UCACUAGAAGAAACAAACUGAUGCAGAUUUCUCCUUUCUGUUGAACUGAUUUUCAUUAAAAACAAACCACUGAUCAUUGGAGGGAGAAGAAGAGAAACGCGCUCAGGAAGUAUCUUUUAUCAUUGAUGUUUUGGUGUUUGUUUGUGAACAGACAGCGGGUCAUUCGGGCUCUGUUUUAUUAUAAACCGCCAAACAGAAAGUGGAAGUUAACGGCAGACCGAUGGACACUGAAACAGUGAAGAUGUCUUCGCUCUCUGAAGAGGAUUUAUCUUGUCCUGUGUGUCGUGAAGUCUUCAAGAAUCCUGUUAUUUUGUCCUGCAGUCACAGUUUCUGUAGAGAGUGUCUUCAGCACUUCUGGAGGACUAAGGGCACUCAGCAGUGUGCUGUCUGCAUGAGAAUAUCCGCUCACGAGCCGCUGUCUAACCUAGUGCUGAAAAACGUCUGCGAGUCGUUUUCUAAAGAGAGAAAUGAGAAACCAGAGGAGAUCUGCAGUUUACACAAUAAAAAACUCAAACUCUUCUGUCUGGAGGACAAACAGCCUGUGUGUUUAGUGUGUGUAACCUCACACCAACACGACCAGCACACAUUCAGACACAUUGGGGAAGUGCUUCAGUCAUACAAGGAGGAGCUCAAUAAAGCUCUGACAUCUUUUCAGGAGAAACUAAAACACAGCAAAAAGCUGAAGGGAGAGUUGAAGAGAACAGUUCAGCACAUCACGGCUCAAGCCAAUGACACCGAGCGUCAGAUUAAGCAUGAGUUUGAGAAGCUUCAUCAGUUUCUCCGAGAUGAAGAAGAAGCUACAAUCACUGCACUGAGGGAGGAAGAGGAGCAGAAGAAGCAGAUGAUGAAGGAGAAGCUGGAGGAGAUGAACACACACAUCUCAGCUCUUUCACACACAAUCAGAGACACGGAGGAGAUGCUGAAAGCCAAUGACGUCUGCUUUCUGAAGGAGUUUGCAGGCUCAAUGGAAAGAGUCCAGAUCUCACAGCCGGAUCCACAGACGCCUUCUGGAGCUUUGAUUCAUGUGUCUCAGUACUUGGGGAACCUGCAGUACAGAGUCUGGAGGAAGAUGCAGGACAUCGUCCACUACACUCCUGUGAUUCUGGACUCAAACACUGCUCAUCCUCAUCUCAUCGUGUCUGAUGAUCUGACCAGCGUGAGGUUGACCGAGGACAAACAUCCGUUGCCUGAUAAUCCAGAGAGGUUUGACUAUUUUGAGUGUGUUCUGGGAUCAGUGGGUUUUAGCUCAGGAAAACACCGCUGGGAUGUGGAGGUGAAGGAUAAUGAUGAAUGGACUGUUGGAGUAACGACAGCGUCAAAAAGGAAGGGGGAGGACUUUUAUGACUCUGAUAUCUGGAGUGUGGAAAAUGUGGAGUAUUUUGCGAAUACGCCACAGGAUUCACCGAACUCCAGUGCGUCCAAUUGUUUUCAUGUUAAACAGGAUCUUGAGUGUGUGAGAGUUGAGCUGGACUGUGAUGAAGGAACUGUGUGUUUCUCUGAUCCUGUAACAGACACACAUCUACACACAUUCACAGCCACCUUCACUGACUCCGUCUUUCCCUUCUUUACUUCUCUUGACCCUCUGAGGAUCCUCCCAGUUAAAGUCAGUGAACAUUUCACCUGCAAUUCUGGAUCUUCCAGCUUUCGUCAUGUUUCAUCAUGUUGUCCAAGACUGAUGUCUGAUCAGGUGACUGAUGUACUGUUAUAACAAAACAAUUAAAGUCAGAAACGGAAC